GACAUGAAGAAACAAUAAAACAGAUUAACAGAUGCGAUAAUAGCAGAUGAAACAACGGACAUUUCGGGGAAAACCCAACUGGUAACAAUUUUCAGAUACGUAUUUAACGGCGAACCAGUAGAACGUUUUUGGAAUUAUAUGAAUGCAAAAAUUAAACAAAGAUAUCCAUUGACUCACUAUGUGAAUUGCUAUGCGCAUCAGUUGAACCUUAUUAUGUCCCAAGCUGCUUCCGCGAAUGCUCAAGUCCGGGUGUUCUUUGGGGAUUUGAAAGAUAUUCCGAGAUUUUUUAAUAAUUCUCGUCAACGCGUAGAGGUAAUGAACAGAAUUGUGAGGAAAAAAUUCUCCAAGGAGCAACAACUCAAAGGAAUUUUAAUAUUCGAAGAACAAAUGUAGUGUUUGAGAAUAGAGAAUCACUCAUUGAAUGAAUG